AAUUUGCAUGCUUCUGCACACAUCCAUCAUCAAUACCAAAACCACACACACACUUGUCUACCAACAAAAGAAACAAAGAAAGAAAGAAAAUGUCCAAAUUCAAUGCACUCGAGUACCUGGGUCUCUCUUUCAACCCCGACGGAUCCCUCAACCGUGGCUACGUCACUCCCAAAACCGAACCCAACCCGGAGCCAUCGUCCGGCAACCCAACCGUCUCCAAAGACAUAACCAUCAACCCAGAGACCGAAACAUGGGUGCGCCUUUUCCGGCCAACCAAGCUUCCUUCCAACGACAACAACGUCGCCCGGUUGCCUAUCUUCAUCUACUUCCACAACGGCGGCUGGCUCUUCCAUAGCCCCGCCGACAUCGGCGUCCACAAAGCGUGCGAGCAGCUCGCCACCGAUAUCCCCUCCAUCGUCGUAUCCGUCGCGUACCGUCCUGCGCCGGAGAACAGGCUCCCGGCGCAGUACUAUGACGCGAGGGAUGCGGUGGUGUGGGUGAGGGAGCAGAUGGCAAAUGAGGCUGAGGGGGAGCAGUGGCUGAGGGAGUACGGUGACCCUUCCAGGUGCUACUUGUAUGGACACGACUGCGGCGGGAACAUUGUGUUUAACGCGGCGGUGAUGGUGGCUGAGGUGGACUUGGAGCCUUUGAGGAUCGCUGGGGUGAUCAUGAACCAGCCCAUGUUUUCAGGGGAGAGGAGGACGGGAUCGGAGUUGAGGUUUGCUACGGAUCAAGUGUUGCCUUUGCCUGUUUUGGACAUGAUGUGGAGCCUCGCUUUGCCUAAGGAAACCGAUCGUGACCAUAGGUAUAGCAAUCCCGUGGUGGGUGGGCCACACUUGGACAUGGUGAAGAAGUUAGGGAAGUGCCUUGUGAUUGGGUAUGGUGGGGACAUUAUGGUUGACCGGCAGCAGGAGCUUGUGACCAUGUUGGCCAAGCGUGGAGUCCAGGUGGAAGCGCGGUUUGAUCCGGUGGGGUUCCAUAACAUUGACAUGGUGGACCGUGCCAGGGCUAACGCAGUUAUAAAUAUUAUCCGGGAGUUUAUUUCUUGAGUUUUUAAUUGGUUUUAGUUUAAUUGGAUUAAUUAAUUCCAAAUACAUAUACACUUUUUUUUUCCCAAUUUUGAUUACGAAUGUAUAAUUAUAACCGAUAUUGGUAGCAUAUAUACAUGAUUAUUUACGUCCUAUGUUCUACAAUGUUUCCUCCUAACUUGGAAGUUAAU